AUGGCGGCCCCUACGCCCACCACCCCAGAUACCCUGAUCAAUCUCAAGGUCAACCAUGACGGCGUCGUCAGGAAGUUCAAGCUUCCACUGCGAGAUCUCGGUGCCAGCACUCUGGAAGACAAGCUCCGGGCCAUGCUUCACAUCCCCCAGGACACCUUUGCUUUGAUCGAGCGCUAUUCCGACUCCCUCGCGACAUACGUUACCCUGACCCCCGGUAACAUCUCUGUCUACAAGCAACUCUAUCGGGCUGCUAAGGCCAAGUCCAAGCUUAAGUUGCGAGUGACCACGAUCCGAACGGCCCGAGUGCCCACCGUCACCACCCAGAGAGAGCCCCUUGCUCUUAUUCCGUCACCGUUCCCGACCAAAGACUCGCAGCCCGAGGCUGAGGCUCGCAAGGUCGUGCCCAAGCCUGUGUCUCUCGAGGACGUCCCGGAGGCAUCCAGCCCUGACAAGGUCAACACUGGUACCCAGGCCUUUGCCCCUCCUUCUGGACCCAGCGAGAUGUCUUCGACCACGGUCGAUAGUCCCCAAGCAUCGGCCGAGUCCCCGCAGCCCGUUAAGCCCGCCAUGGCUCGCCCAGGAAUGACACGGCCUAUCAUCCAGCCCACUUCAAGCUUCCGCUCGUUGCCUAUGCGACUUUCCAACCCUGCAUGCCGUAGUGCUGCCCUGGAAGCUCGUCUGACCGAGAAGCGUGGUGCUCAGCCCGACACUACCGACGAGUCGGCAGCAGCUCUGAAGUCCCCCACUCCCUGGGCCGACCUUCCUCGACCUGGCUACGCCGUGUGCUGCAACAGCUGCGACGAGACAAUUCCUGGAGCCCAUUACCACUGUUCUACUUGUGAUGAUGGCGACUUUGAUCUCUGCAUCGACUGUGUUGACAAGGGCAUCACAUGCCACGAUGCAAGCCACUGGCUGAUCAAGCGGGCUAUCAAGGACGGCUGCAUCGUCAACAGCACCACCGAGAGGAUCACUCCCAAGCCCAAGGUCUCGCUCCCAGCUGAGCCUGCGCAGAUCGUCCCACCUGUGACCACAGCGCUCCCCAUGUCGAACAAUCGCAGCAGCGACUCUGUCCGUGUUGCACCCUCCAUCAGCCACCUGCUCUACCAGUCGGAUGUCGUACGCACAUGCAACAACUGCAUCUCGGAGAUGGCCGAGGAAGAGUUUGUUCACUGCACUACCUGCUAUGACUUUGACCUCUGCAAGGCGUGCUUUGAGAAGGACCAGCAUGGCCACCACCCCAAGCAUGCCUUUGUCCCGGCCAUCCCCGGUACAGCUUUCAGUGCCGCCAUCUCCAAGCGUCUCCCAGCCGGCCGAGAUCGCGCUCACGCCGCCAUCUGCGAUAGCUGUGACAGCUUCAUCGUUGGCGUCCGUUACAAGUGUCUGGACUGCCCUGAUUGGGACUAUUGCUCUCAGUGUCAUGAGGACGCUGGGUUCAUCCACCCCAACCACCGCUUCGUCCCGAUCUAUGAGCCUAUCCAAGAGCCGAACUGUGUCCGCCUGCCCAGCAAGCCCACGCACAUGGGUAUCUGCUGCGAUGGACCUCUGUGCAUGGUCAGCAGCAAGGGAAGGCCUACGUACAUCGUGGGCGACCGUUACAAGUGCGCUGUCUGCCACGACACCGAUUUCUGCGCGAACUGCGAGGCUAGCCCGGCCAACACGCAUAACAAGACUCAUCCUCUGAUCAAAUUCAAGACUCCUGUUCGCCAUGUCAGCGUCAGCACUCAGGGCGAGCAUCAGAACGGCGAGCGCAUGCCUGUCAUGGGCGACCGACUUCCUCCUCAGGCUUCGACUACUUCUGUAGCCACAGAAACCUCUCCCACGGGCCAAGGAAUUGCCAUUGAUUCUGUUCGCACUGUGGUUGACGUCAAGCCGACUGAGCCCGAGCCCGAGCCCAAGCCUGAGCUCGAGACUGAGAAGGUCGUUGAGCCAGUCCAGGAGAAGUCCCUCAUGAACGACCUGGCUGCUGUCUUCGUUGAGGAUACCAUUACCGAUGGCACUUGUAUGGCUCCCAACCGCGGUUUUGAGCAGGCCUGGACCCUUCGAAACAACGGCAUCGUUGCCUGGCCAGCCGGCACCCGCGUCAAGUACGUUGGCGGCGACUUCAUGGGUCUCGUCGACCAUUCUCAACCUAUUGGUAACAAGGAGCUCACUGAUGCCUCGGAGAGCACGCCUUGCUUGCAAAAGGUCGCUCCGGGCGAGUCCUACACCUUCUACGUGCUGCUGAAGUCCCCAGCCGUGCUGGGCAAACGCACUUCGUACUGGCGCUUGACUACUCCUGACGGUUUCCGGUUUGGCGACCGCCUCUGGUGCCAUAUUGUCGUCCAGUCCCAGGUGACCAUGACGAGCAUUGCUCCCAAGGAGGAGAUCGCCGUCAAGGAAGAGCCCAUGGAGCAGACCACAAAGUCCGUCCAGGAGGAGGAUACACCUGCUAAGCCUGAGGAGUCUAGCCAGAUGAUCUUCCCUAAGCUUGACAAGGAGUCUCCCCUUUCGAGCAUGCACGAAGGAGCUGCCAUUGAGUCUGUUGCCGCCGACGUCGACGUCAACGAGGAGAUUGAUGACUUCGAAGAUGAUGAUGAAUGGGCUGAGGAUGACUCUGCCGACGGCUUCCUGACGGAUGAGGAGUACGACAUUCUUGAUGCCUCGGAUGAGGAAUACCUCGAGGAUCAGCAGAAGAAGCUCCUCAAGAAGUAG